UGUGCUGCUGACUAUAAGAAGUCUACAAGAGCAGAGGAAGAACACAGCUCGGCUUCAUUACUUUAUUAUGAAAUUAGUUGUUACCAGGCUGCCUCUGGGGAAAGAGAAAAAGUUGUAUUGUUUGGCAAUCUAAAUCCUUUGUCGUUAGAGCUCUGAACGGUCAGACAGAAUAAAAAACAGGCUGGGAACAACAAGGAACAGUGAAAGAAACCUGAUUUAACUAAUCAAGUGGACAACAAAAUGAUUGUAACAGAAAAUCCUACAACUAAUGCGAGUAUUACUACAAUUAAUCCUAUCUGCAGGAACAGACAAGGACCAUAUGCCUAUGAGAUCCUAGAAAGGCUUGACAUCACUGGACAGUUGCUGUUUGCUAUUCUAACAUUUAUGACAGCAAUAGCAGUGAUAGUAUUCAUAGAAGAAGCAUGUUAUAUGUACAAGAAAAUCCCUGGAGCCAAAAAAUCCAUGAUCAUCUGGGUGAAUGCUGGUGCUCCAAUAAUUGCUACAACAUCAUUAGUGGGAAUGUGGAUUCCUAGGAGUACUAUGUUCACAGACUUCACUGCUUCUGUGUUUCUCGCUGUUGUUAUACACAAGUUUCAACUUAUGCUGGUGAGUGAAUGUGGUGGCAGAAAAGAAUUCCUCAAUAAGUUUGGGUUACAAAAACUUCAACUCAACACAGGCCCACUUUGCUGUUGUUGUGUAUGCUUUCCACGGAAAGAUAUUAACAGGAUUACCUUAUUUAUCUUGAAGUUUGGUACCUUUCAGUUCGCACUGCUAAGGCCUUUUCUUAUGUUUUUGCAAGUUGUUCUUUGGAGUAAUGGAACUUACAUAAUUGGUGAAUCACGAGGAGAAUCGGCUACAAUUUAUAUAAGUGUGGUGCUCGCGGUUACUACGCUUACUGCACUUUGGGCAGUUGGAAUUAUGUUUAAUCUCGUCAGACCUCACUUAACUGAUAAGAAUAUUAUUCCAAAAUUUGCUGCUUAUCAGUUCAUUGUUAUUUUGAGCCAACUGCAAACGUCGAUCAUUACGAUUCUUGGUAAUGUUGCAGUGAUUACCUGUGUUCCUCCACUCUCGGGACCAUCCAGAGCAUCAUAUAUGAAUCAACAGCUCAUGAUCAUGGAAAUGUUCCUCGUCACAGUUAUCUGCAGAAUGCUUUACCGAAGGCAAUACAAUGGCAAUCCUACUAAUGAUGAAGCUGCCAAAGAUAAUCUGCAAAACAGCACACUCUGUCUAAAUGGAAAAAUAAUAGAUGAUGGUCCAGAAAAGGUUUAACGCAAGACACCAUCAUGGAAUAUACAUGGAAUAUUUAACAAUAAUUCACUGGAAUUUGGAAGAUAAUAUAAAAUUGAGCUUCCAAUAGACUAUUAGACAUAAGUUUAUCUAUACUUAUACUUUUGUAUAUAAUAUUUGGUUUUGCAUGUCUAUGUAUACUUUUGUUGUAUCUCUUGAGAGACUACAAAGACUUCGCGUAAUCAAUAUUUUCCUUUUUUGCUACACAUGACUGAAUUGUCAUGGUUUAUACUUUUUUAUAUUCAUUGGUGAAGAAUACAUAGAAUUCUACAGCUAACCUACAUAUCCAGUGCUCCUAGUAACAUCCAGAUGCUAUUACAUGCAGCAGUGAGCCAGAAGGAUGUUGAUAUGGGGAAGUGUUUUCAAUCCCGCAGAAUGCCAGGUUGAUUGGUUUUCAGUUAACCACUAAUCCUUCAUUCUCCUUUUUGGUUCUAAUUAAAUCAAAUAUUGCCAUACAAGACCCUUCCAGCUUUUCUGAGUGACAGCUGUUCAAAGAAGCAAUAAGCAUUUAAAAAGCAUGUAGAGGAGACAAGUAAAAUCAUUCGGUAAAUGUUAAUGUCAUUGAAAAAAAACAUUGCCACUCUGCCAAAAACCAUCAAACAUAUAUAUUUCGAGCUUCGUAUAUAAUUUUCACAUUUGUAAAGAGAGCUUUCAUUAUACAUCAGGGUUUGACUGCAGCCUCUUGCCAGUCAUUCUGUAUUGUGAAUCUGUUUCCUGGAGACUUCAAUAGGACACAUCAAGCAUGUGAAUAUUGACCAGGGGUGCACAUCUACACCCUAAUUUGCUGAGCAUUUCCACACCAAGGAACACAUUUUACACUGUUGCCUUUGAGGGUAUUGCUAAUGAGUGUAACAUCGUGUCUACUGAAAACAGAAGAGAAAAUUAAGUGCUACAAAAUACAACACAAAAUAAAGUUUCAUUUGUCAACAUACUACAAUGUUGUUGCAUAUUAAACAAAUAAAGUAUUAAAGAACAGAAACCAUACAAAACACUAUAUUUGUUUUAAAAAUGUGCUGUAUGAUUGUAUCAGUAUUCAUGCAAUACACAAAUAAUACCCUAACAAAUGUUUUUAAUGUGUGCGAAAUGUUAUUUUUUGUUAAUUAAAGUGCAAGUUCAGUCAAAA